CGGCUAAUCCCCCAAUGGAAUCUCCCAAUUUCUUAAGGACUUCGAUCUCCUGCAACUUUUUUUUUACCGCACGCUGUUCUUGUUUAUAGUCCAGUUGUACCCGAUGUCUGCAGCUAACCUCCAUUCAUAUCUUGAUGCCGAGCGAUGUUUCUUUUGGAAGCAAUUGGGCACGGCUCGGCAGCCAAUUUUUUCUUGACAUUUUCUGUCCAUUUUUUGCAUUUUUUUUCGUUUAGAUUGUACCAAUAGGUUCAAGCAAACCUUUGAUCUGAUAUCUUUGCAAAUAGCCAGACACUCUCUUGAUUUUUAAAGACUUUUUGGAUCGAUACAGGCGCACCUACCUCGCCCAGCUCCGAUCUUGUUGUUGCUUUCCAUAUCGCUUAGGAUUCAAGAAACCCCGAAUCUGUGCUUGGAGCAUCCAUCACCCAGAUUCAGCAUGGAGAGAUUCGGAAAAACCCGGUGAGGAAUCCGAGCUUUACCGCGCAAUCUCCCUCCCGGGUACCGGCCAUUGGAGAUCUCGCGCGGGAGCACGAGCGACCAAGAAAAUGUCGCCGCAGCCGCCCUCCGGCCUCGCCGAGGACAAGGAGAGGGAGACAAAUGUCCUCAUCGAGGCGGCCCCGGAGUCGCCGGCGAAGGCGGCGGAGGACGACGGCCCCGGCAGGCAGCUGUCGCCGGCCGCGUGGCUCCGGAUGCUGGCCAGGGAGCUGCACUGGAGCUUCGUGCUCGGCGUGGUGGCCACCUACGGCGUCAGCCAGGGGCUCGGGGGCGGCAUCAACCGCGUCGCGUCCGACUACUACUGGAAGGACGUGCAGCGGGUGCAGCCGUCGGUGGCGCAGGUGUACCAGGGCAUCACGUCCAUCCCCUGGAUGGUCAAGCCGCUCUGGGGCCUGCUCACCGACGUGCUCCCCGUCGCCGGAUACCGGCGCCGGCCGUACUUUAUUCUUGCAGGCUUCAUCGGAGUUAUUGCAAUGCUUAUAAUCUCUCUCCACAGCAAGCUCCACGCACUGUUCGCCUUGUUGGCAUUGAUGGCCGGAAGUGCUAGUGUGGCAAUAGCUGAUGUUACUAUAGAUGCUUGUGUGGCGGAAAACAGUAUAUUGUACCCUCAUCUUGCUGCUGACAUGAUAAGCUUAAAUGGAUUCUGUUCAUCUGUUGGAGGUCUUAUUGGAUUCUCAAUAAGUGGUUUUCUUGUUCAUGCGAUAGGGGCUCAAGGUGCUCUCGGCCUGUUAACUAUACCCUCCGCCUUGGUCAUUUUAUCUGGAAUGGUGCUAAAGGAGGUCCAUACCCCCAACUUUCCAUACGGGCAGGCUCAUAAGAAGUUUGUAGAAGCAAGUGGAAAAAUGUUAACAACCUUAAAAUGUCCUGAAGUUUGGCGGCCAUGUGUGUACAUGUAUGUGUCACUUGCUUUGAGUGUGGACAUCCAAGAAGGAAUGUUCUACUGGUACACAGACCGAAAGGCAGGGCUGUCUUUUCAUGAGGGAUUUAUUGGCUUUAUGUUCGCAGUUGGGUCAGUUGGUUCUCUUGUCGGGGUUAUACUUUAUCAAAAUAUUCUCAAGGACCACUCAUUUCGCAGCCUGCUUUUUUCGAGCCAGUUGAUGUUAAGCUUGUCAGGAAUGCUGGAUCUGAUCUUGGUUCUUCGUCUAAAUCUGAAAAUGGGGAUACCUGAUUACUACUUCGCUGUGAUUGAUGAGGGGGUCUCCAAAAUGAUUAACCGUGUCAAGUGGAUGCCUCUGCUGGUGCUUAGCUCAAAGCUUUGCCCCACUGGCAUUGAGGGCACAUUCUACGCGUUGCUUAUGUCCAUUGACAAUAUUGGCGGAUUAACUGGACAAUGGGUUGGUGGACUGCUCCUUCAUUUGUUGAGAAUAACAAGAACAGAAUUCAAUAACCUCUGGGCUGCUAUCAUGAUUCGAAAUGUGAUGAGGCUGCUACCACUGGCGCUGUUGUUCUUGGUGCCAAGUAGCGAUCCGAACUCCACUCUUCUUCCAUCUGAUUUGCUGAAUGAGGAUGACGAUGGUGAAGGUGACCGAAUGGAGAAUAUUGAGUUAACCUCGCUUGCUGUGGACAUGGGCUCUUUCCCUGACAAAUCUCCCCAAGAAUGCGGGAAGAACCGGGAGGGCCUUGAUGUAGAGCAGGAUGACGACGGAGUUUCACUGCUUGCCAACAGGGGUUGAUACUGGAUGCAUACGAAGAAUUUUCUUUUGUACACGAGCAAAUAGUUGAAAUUUAGAAAAAAUCUUGACAUUUCAUCAAAGACAUUCAUUAGAUAUCCAUGUCGUUUAAUUCAUUUUACAGUAGGGUAGCAAAGUCUUGUGAGACAUAUACCACACACACUUUGGAGUUUUGUUCUCCAUUUCUCUGAACCUCCACAUGUUACAGCAUUUGAAUCAAGUUUUACCAAGUGUAAAAAUUCUGUCUUCCACAUAAGUUUAUGUUUGCUGUGACAGUUUUGCUGCU